AUGCUCUCAGGGCAAGCCACCUUCAUCAAAGACACCAUCGAUUCUGAAAAUAUUCCAAUUACCUCUGAUCUCGAAGCCAUCGCAACUUUAGUCGAAUUACAAAAACUUCUAUAUAUAUGCAACAUAUACAUCCCCGAUAGAAAAAUCUUCACUAAGCAACAUCUAAAGGAUAUUAUUAAGCAGCUCCCUAAACCAUUCGUCCUUUUGGAUGACUCCGAUAGCCGCAACACCUCAUGGGGAUGCAAUCACACUGACCACAGAGGCCAAAUGGUUGAAGAAUUGUUAGAAGAAGAAACACUCAUCCUUCUAAACAACAAUGAACCUACUAGACAUAAUGUUUCAAAUGGAAACUUCUCUGCAAUAGAUCUCACAAUCACUAGCAUCAACUCCACUACAAUAUUUGACUGGCAAGUACUUCCUGCCUACAGCGAUAGUGACCACUACCCCAUUGGAAUUCAGUAUCAAAACCACCUUAAUGAAAAAAAAUACUCCACAAAAUGGAACCUUAAAAAUCCAAACUGGGAACUCUUCGCUGAAAUAAUUGAAUUCGAACUUAAUCAAAACCCAUUAGACUUAAACCCAUACGGCAAUCAACUAGAAAUAGACUCAAUAGUUAGAAAAUUCACUGGCAUUAUUAUAGAAGCAGCUAACCUAUCAAUUGGACUAAAAACACACAUAAACAUAAAAAAAUAA